AUGUCAAUUAUCUUGGGAUCGCGAUCGCUAUGCUUGAAAUCUCGAUUUGCGUACGGACUGAAUAAUUCUUCAUUUGCUGAUUGUGCAAAGCACGAUCCAGAUGUGAAUGACGAUACCCAGAAGAACUUUGCAGACCUAUUGUCUGAUGAACUUAAGUUACGAGAAGCUGAGGCUUUGGAUCAUCAGCAGCGUGCUGACAAGGCACUGCUCGAGGCUAAAAAGAUGACUUCCCAAUAUCAGAAAGAAGCCGACAAGUGUAAUUCCGGAAUGGAAACGUGUGAGGAGGCGAGAGAAAAAUCGGAAGCUGCUUUAUCAGCACAAAAGAAGCUAACAGCUUUGUGGGAGUCAAGGGCACGCCAACGAGGCUGGAAAGAAGAAAAUGCCAGGGCUUCAUCGUAG